AGGUAAACUUACCUAGAGAAGGGAAAACUUUAGAGUUCACCUGGUACAAAGCACCCGCAUCCGGAUAAACUAAGGUUGUUACCGAGUCCAAGCUUGCUGUGCUUGCCGCACGACAGGCCAAUAAAUCAGACAUGACGCAUUGAGGGAAGAAUACGACUUUAUUCGGAAAGCCAGCAGACUGAGAAGAUGGCAGACUAAAGUCUCAAAAUAACCAUCUUAUCGGGGUUUGGAUGCCAGUUUCUUUUAUAGCACAGAGAUGGGGAGGAGAUGAGGAGAUAAAGUAAAAGGGCCAUUAGUUUUGCGAAUAUCCCCUGGAAUGGCCAGCCUCAGGGAGGGGAUGUGUUAAUUUCUUUUUAAUUGCAGCCAUCCACAGGUGGACAGAGUCCGUAUGUUUCCCUGAACAAAGGCACUUUGGUUUAACAUUCAGGCAGAGGAACAGGGUUCCCCCGAGGCAUGUCAUUAUGUACAGACAGUAUCCUUUUAGUGAACAAAAGCAGCGGAAGGCAAAGGUUAAAGUCAAAGAAACAGAUCCACCGUGUAGUCAGAUUUGGUUCUUCCCUGUAACAAGGUCUGAAAGAGUGAGUGACUCCCUCCAGGUCACAUAUAAUAAUAAUAUAUAUAAUAAUAAAAAUUAUUCUGGUAGAGAAAAGAAUGCAGAACUCUAGCCACUCUAACUCCUUAGUUAAAAAAUGAGAUUUAUUUGCAGGAUAAGAAUGAUGCUGCUAUUAAAAAUAAUAAUAGCAAUAGCAAGUUUGAAAACUUUCACGUGGACCUAUUCAGGUGCUUCAUUGGCAUUUAAGGCCUUCUAAGCAUCUGUACUAGCCUCCUUCAGGUCAGCCUGUGUUGCUGGGAAACUGCUUUUCUCACUACUCUCUGGACAAAACUCUGGGUCUAGUUUCCAUUAUUCCGUGGAGUGUUUUUAGAUCCCACCCGUUGUUAAACACACACACUUUUGUUAUUAAUACAAGAACAGAUUUUUCAGAGUUUUUUCUUUGUCUUUUAUUGUUAACAUUUUUUUAAUUGAGGUAUAAUUGACGUAACAUUACAUUGGUCGCAGGUGUACAAUGUCAGGAUUUGAUGUUUGUAUAUGUUGCAGAGUGAUCACCACAGUAAGUCCACUUAACAUCCACCACCUCACAUAGUUACAACACUUUUUUUCUUGUGAUGAGAAUUUUGAAGAGCCACUCUUCUAGCUACCUUUAAAUAUGCAAUACAGUAUUAUUAACGUACAUAGUCACCAUGCUGUGAAAGUUCCAUCCCCAUGACUUACUCAUUUUAUAACUGGAAGUUUGUACCUUUUAACCUCCCUCACCCAUUUGGCUCACUCAUCCCCUGCCUCAGGCAGCCACCAGUCUGUUCUCUAUCUGUGAGCUUGACAUUUUUUUGUUUGUUUUUUAAGGUCCCAUAUAUGUGAGAUGAUAUGGUAUUUAUCUUUUUCUGUCUGGCUUAUUUCACUUAGCAUAGUGCCCUAAAGGUCCAUCCAUGAUGUUGCAAACAGCAAGAUUUCAUUCUUUUUUAUGACUGCAUAAUCAAAAACAGAUUUUUUAUUGGUUCUUUAGUAGAUGCCAGCUUCUGAUAUCAGCUUUUAGGUGAAAUUAUUGUUAAUCUUUUUAUGUGUGAUUUUAUGAGUCAGAGUUCAGAAGACCAUUUGGAUUUGAUGUUGUAGGCAGAUGUUGAAAAUUCAGUUUUUUAAUAGAAUCUUGUACUGUUUUGUAGAUUUUACUUUUUGGAUUUGAUUCUCAAAAAGAAAUCUUAACCUGUAAAAUGUUUCUUACUUCCUUUUCUUACCAGAAGAGAUAUUAGGAAUCAUCUAGGAAACAAAUGUAGCAGUUUUAUGCAAUUUAAGCAAUAAAAAUGAGUUUCAAAAUCCUCCUUUACUACCAGUGAAGCUUGAGUUUUGUACUUAAAUAUAAUAUUUUCCCCCUUCCCCUUUUACCCAAGAUUUACCCGCCUAUUAAUGUGCUGCCCUCGUUGUCUCGGUGAAUGAAGUCUGCUACUGGAGAAGGUAUGACCAGAAAGAAUCACGCCGAUGUAUCUAACCAGCUGUAUGCAUGCUAUGCUAUUGGUAAGGAUGUGCAGGCCAUGAAAGCCGUAGUUGGAGAAGAAGCCCUUACCUCAGAUGAUGUGCUUUACUUGGAAUUUCUGCAGAAGUUUGAGAGGAACUUCACUGCUCAGGGGAAAUCUGAGGAACCAAACUGUGCUUGUGACCAGUUUCGUUGUGGUAAUGGAAAGUGUAUACCAGCAGCCUGGAAAUGCAAUAACAUGGACGAAUGUGGAGAUAGUUCUGAUGAAGAGAUCUGUGCCAAAGAAGUGAAUCCUCCAACAUCGGCCGCUUUCCAACCCUGUGCUUACAACCAGUUCCAGUGUCUAUCUCGGUUUACCAAAGUUUACACUUGCCUCCCCGAAUCUUUACAAUGUGAUGGGAACAUUGACUGCCUUGACCUUGGAGACGAGAUAGACUGUGAUGUGCCAACUUGUGGGCAGUGGUUAAAAUAUUUUUAUGGUACUUUUAAUUCUCCCAAUUAUCCAGACUUUUAUCCUCCUGGAAGCAAUUGCACCUGGUUAAUAGACACUGGUGAUCAUCGCAAAGUCAUCUUACGCUUCACUGACUUUAAACUGGAUGGUACUGGUUAUGGUGAUGAUGUCAAAAUAUACGAUGGAUUAGAGGAGAAUCCACACAAGCUUUUGCGUGUGUUAACUGCUUUUGAUUCUCAUGCGCCUCUCACUGUCGUGUCUUCUUCUGGACAGAUAAGGGUACAUUUCUGUGCCGAUAAAGUCAACGCUGCCAGGGGAUUUAAUGCUACUUACCAAGUAGACGGCUUCUGUUUGCCAUGGGAAAUACCCUGCGGAGGGAACUGGGGGUGUUAUACGGGGCAGCAGCGCUGUGAUGGGUAUUGGCAUUGCCCAAACGGAAGGGAUGAAAUCAAUUGUACCAUGUGCCAAAAGGAAGAGUUCCCAUGUUCCCGGAACGGCGUCUGUUACCCUCGUUCUGAUCGCUGCAACUACCAGAAUCAUUGCCCAAAUGGCUCCGAUGAAAAAAACUGCUUUUUUUGCCAGCCAGGAAAUUUUCAUUGUAAAAACAAUCGUUGCGUGUUUGAAAGCUGGGUGUGUGACUCUCAGGACGACUGUGGCGAUGGCAGCGACGAGGAGAAUUGCCCGGUAAUCGUGCCUACCCGAGUCAUAACUGCAGCCGUCAUAGGCAGCCUUAUCUGUGGCCUGUUACUGGUCAUUGCCUUGGGAUGUACUUGUAAGCUUUAUUCUCUGAGAAUGUUUGAACGAAGAUCAUUUGAAACACAGUUGUCCAGAGUGGAAGCAGAAUUGUUAAGAAGAGAAGCUCCUCCCUCUUAUGGACAAUUGAUUGCUCAGGGUUUAAUUCCACCAGUUGAAGAUUUUCCUGUUUGUCCACCUAAUCAGGCUUCUGUUUUGGAAAACCUGAGGCUAGCUGUACGGUCUCAGCCUGGAUUUACUUCAAUCAGACUUCCUAUGGCAGGCAGAUCGAGCAACAUCUGGAAUCGUAUUUUUAAUUUCGCAAGAUCACGCCAUUCAGGGUCAUUGGCUCUGGUCUCAGCAGAUGGGGAUGAGGUUGCCCCUAGUCAGAGUACCAACAGAGAACCUGAAAGAAAUCAUACUCACAGAAGUUUGUUUUCUGUGGAAUCUGACGACACAGACACAGAAAAUGAGAGAAGAGAUACGGUAGGAGCAUCUGGCGGGGUUGCAGCUCCUUUGCCUCAAAAAAUCCCUGCCACAACAGCGGUAGAAGCAACAGUGGGAGCAAGUGGAAGUUCCUCCACUCAGAAUACCCGAGGUGGUCACACAGAAACCGGACGGGAUGUGACAAGUGCGGAACCCCCAAGUGUGAGUCCGGCGCGUCACCAGCUCACAAGUGCGCUAAGUCGUAUGACUCAGGGGCUACGUUGGGUACGUUUUACAUUAGGGCAAUCACGCUCCGUAAGUCAGAACCAGAGCCCUUUGAGACAACUUGAUAAUGGGGUAAAUGGAAGAGAAGAAGAUGAUGAUGUCGAAAUGCUGAUUCCAGUUUCUGAAGGAGCUUCAGACUUUGACGCGAAUGACUGUUCCAGACCUCUUCUUGAUCUUGCCUCCGAUCAAGGGCAAAGGUUCAGACAACCAUAUAGUGCAGCAGACCCUGGAGUAAGACCAAGUAAUCGCGAUGGCCCCUGUGAGCGCUGCGGUAUUGUCCACACUGCCCAGAUACCAGACUCUUGCUUAGAAGCAAUGCUGAAAAAUGAAACGGGUGAUGAUGAAGCUUUGUUACUUUGUUAGGUACAAGAAUCCCGUCAGGGAGAUUGGAUACAAGUUGGAGCAAUAUCCAUUCAUUGUUUUGGAACUUUACAAUUAAACUAGUUUUAAUUUAAAAAGAAAAAAGAUGCAGGGUGAUUUCUUACUAUCAUAUGUUAGCCUGCAUGCUUAAAUUAAACACCUGUAACUCUAUAAACUUUAGAGUUUACUAUUUUAGCAGCUAAAAAUGCAUUAUGUAUUCAGAUUGUUCAAUAAUGUUCUUCCAUUUGUUUCUAAUUGUUUUCAUCCUGGUACUAUAGUUCGCAGUAGAGAUAUGGCUGCAGAAACUCAUUUGACUGUCAGUUUCUAUCUAUCCUAUGUUAAAACGUUUCUUUGUUCAAAAUAAUACCUUCUUUUAAUUGAACCCUUUAUGCUUUUGCCAAUACAUCUUGUAACUUAAUAUACUAGAUGUUAAGGUUGUUAAUAUAAAAAGAGAAAAAGUCCUUAUUCUCACCUGUUUUUAUUUGUAUAACAUCUGUCUAAACAUUAUUAGAUUUCAUAAUAUGAGCUUGUCAAAGGGAAAAAAACUGUCUAAAAUUUUUUCUCAUGUUUAACAUGCAGUGAUGUGAAAUUUAGAUAGAGUUAGAUAAAUUAAUGGCAAAAACAAAACUCUUUUAUAAAUUUUCUAAUGUUGACUUUAAUACUCUAAUAUGGUACAAACCAAAUGGUAAAAAGCCCAAAUCAUUUCUUUUUUUAUCUCUAUUUAAGGACAGAAUUAAGCGGAUGAAGAUAUUCUACUAUGCAUUAAAUCUUGAACUUUAUAAAAUAUGUACAAAAAUUGUACAAGAUAAGUUCCAACUGGUAAUGUCUUUCCCUGAUACAGGGUUAUGCUUGUAUUGGACCCUAGGGAUUUGCACUAAAAUCAUAUCAAGGUCUCAGAUGAGUUUCGUGCAGAAGCACUAUGACUUUAAAUACUAUU